GUUCUGACAACACACUGUCAUCCCAUUGACGCUUUCGAAUCUUGAGUUUUUUCGAUAAUCAAAAUCUUCUCGAUAAAAAGCAAUGUCUACAAUAGAAACUGUCGAAAAAUGCAUGCGACACAUAGCUCCUCAUGUGGAAAGUACAGAAACGAAGGUGACAGUGGUUGGCAUUGGAGCUGUUGGAAUGGGAGCUGUUAGUGCUCUCCUUACACAAGAAAUUUCCAAGAACAUUGUCUUAGUUGACAUGGAUGGUAGGAAGGUUGCUGGAGAAGUCUUAGAUCUUCAACAUGCUACACCAUUCCUGAGUAAUAGCCAAGUGUCUGGAGGUACGGAUUAUGCUCUCACCAAGAAUUCAAGAGUUUGCGUUGUAACAGCUGGCGUGAGACAACAAGAAGGUGAAAGUAGACUGAAUCUCGUACAGAGAAAUGUAGAAGUGUUCAAAAAAAUCAUACCUGCCUUGGCUGAACAUUCACCCAACUGCAUUCUAUUGAUUGUCAGUAAUCCUUGUGAUGUACUAACCUACGUAGCUUGGAAGCUCAGUGGUUUCCCUCCAGAAAGGGUAUUCGGAUCAGGAUGCGAUUUGGAUUCUGCCAGAUUCAGAGUCCUUUUAGCUCAGAAGUUCGGCAUUGCAGCCAACAGCGUUCAUGGCAACGUCAUAGGUGAACAUGGUGAUUCCAGCGUACCUGUUUGGUCUGGCGUUAACAUCGCAGGAUUAUUCAUCAAAGACAUCCAUCCUACAAUGGGUACUGAUUCGGAUCCUGAAAAAUUCGUAGAUAUUCAUAAAUCAGUCGUUCAAGGAGCUUAUGAUGUUAUUAAACUAAAAGGUUACACCUCUUGGGCAAUCGGUUAUGCUGUUGCCAAUAUAGUAAGAGAUAUUUUAGACAACGUUUACUCGAUUCAUAUGCUAAGUGUUAACGUUAAAGGAUUCUAUGAUAUCAAAGACGAUGUUUUCUUAUCACUGCCAACAGUUCUUGGAUCGAAAGGCAUAAACGAAAUCAUUUUACUAUCGCUAAGUGACGACGAAGUGAAGAAGAUACAGGAAUCAGCGAAGAUCUUAUGGGAUGUUCAAAAAGAUAUAGCUUUUUGAGAAUCUUGAUAUACUUAUUAUUUUUGAUUUUUCAUUUAUUUCUUGAAUAUACUCUUUCCAGUUCGAAAUC